CUUAAAUAUAUAUGCACUCAAAGUCACACACAGAGAUAGAAACAUGAAUAGAACAGAGAGAAUAAAUUGAUCAGCAAUGGAAGGCGUUGAAGUUCAACGACCACUGAAACUUCACUUCAUUCCAUUUCUAGCAUCUGGACAUAUGAUCCCUCUUUUUGACAUAGCAACUAUGUUUGCAUCCCAUGGACAUCAAGUCACAGUCAUCACCACUCCCUCCAACGCCCAAUCCCUUACCAAAUCUCUCUCAUCCGCAGCUUCCUUCUUCCUCCGCCUCCAUACUGUUGACUUUCCCUCCGAACAAGUCGACCUCCCGAAAGGCAUUGAAUCUAUGUCUUCCACCACCGACUCCAUCACCUCUUGGAAGAUCCACCGUGGCGCAAUGCUCCUCCAUGGACCUAUUGAGAAUUUCAUGGAGAAAGAUCCACCGGAUUGUAUCAUCUCCGACUCCACAUACCCAUGGGCCAAUGACUUGGCCCAUAAGCUUCAGAUCCCAAACCUCACUUUCAACGGAUUGUCACUUUUUACUAUCUCCCUCGUGGAAUCCCUCAUAAGAAACAAUUUACUUCAUUCUGAUACGAAUUCUGAUUCAGAUUCAAGUUCCUUUCUUGUUCCAAAUUUUCCUCAUCGUAUCACCUUGUCCGAAAAACCUCCAAAGGUACUUAGCAAAUUCCUAAAAAUGAUGCUUGAGACGGUACUCAAAAGUAAAGCACUCAUCAUCAACAACUUCGCUGAACUUGAUGGAGAAGAGUGCAUCCAACACUACGAGAAAACCACGGGUCGCAAGGUUUGGCAUCUUGGUCCAACUUCUCUUAUUCGUAGAACUAUUCAAGAGAAAGCAGAGAGGGGAAACGAGGGUGAAGUGAACAUGCACGAGUGCCUAAGUUGGCUCAACUCACAGAGAGUUAAUGCAGUAUUGUACAUAUGUUUUGGAAGCAUAAACUAUUUAUCUGAUAAACAACUAUAUGAGAUGGCGUGUGCAAUAGAAGCAUCUGGUCACCCAUUCAUAUGGGUUGUUCCUGAAAAGAAAGGGAAAGAAGAUGAGAGUGAAGAAGAGAAAGAAAAGUGGUUACCGAAGGGAUUUGAAGAGAGAAACAUUAGUAAGAUGGGUUUGAUCAUUAGGGGGUGGGCCCCACAAGUUAAGAUAUUGAGCCACCCUGCGGUGGGGGGAUUUAUGACGCAUUGUGGGGGGAAUUCAAUCGUAGAGGCUGUUAGUGCAGGAGUUCCAAUGAUAACGUGGCCGGUUCAUGGAGAUCAAUUCUUCAAUGAGAAACUGAUAACACAAUUUCGAGGAAUUGGAGUGGAAGUCGGUGCAACAGAAUGGUGUAAGAAUGGUGUUGUGGAGCGAGAGAAGUUGGUGAGUAGGGAUAGCAUAGAGAAGGCAGUGAGGAGAUUGAUGGGCAAUGGCGAGGAAGCUAAAAAUAUGAGGCUACUUGCUCAAGAGUUUGGAGAAAAGGCUACACAAGCUAUUCAAGAAGGUGGCUUGUCUUAUAAUAAUUAUUUGGCUUUAAUUGACGAACUUAAAAGAUUGAGAGACCUCAAGCCACAUGAUUAAUUCAAAGGACUAUUGUCUAAGUUUUUUCAACCUAUCCUAAUGACAUUGUUGUUUCGUCAAGUGAUAACAAUCUGUCAUAUCAUAUUUUUUAGAGUAUUUUUAUUUAAGUUUUUAGUCUAUUUUUAUUUAUUUAGUAUUCAAUUUUGAAUCACUUUAAAUAAAUUGUCAUUUUAGAGUUUUUGAGUCAAGUAGUGAAAUGAUUAAAAUUAGUAGUUUAUUAUCAUUAUUAUUGGUUA